GAGGAGAAGACAGCAGUGCCUCUGAGACCGCCAGGUCAGGUGGCUACAAGGCAUCAUGUUUUCCCCGGGCCACUGCUGCUCACAGAAAAUGCCGGGAUGAUGUUUUUCUCGCGCCUGGCUGGGGCUCUGAUCCCCGCCAUGGCCUUCCUCUCCUGCCUGCGACCGGAAAGCUGGGAACCCUGCGUGGAGGUGGUUCCUAACAUUACUUACCAAUGCAUGGAGCUGAAUCUCUACAAAAUCCCCGACAACAUACCCUCCUCAACCAAGAAUCUGGACCUGAGUUUUAACCCCCUGGGGCACUUAGGCAGCCAUAGCUUCUACAGUUUCUCAGAACUGCAAGUGCUGGAUUUAUCCAGGUGUGAAAUCCAGGCGAUUGAAGAGAAUGCAUUUCAGAACCUAAACCACCUUUCCACCUUGAUAUUAACAGGAAACCCUCUCCGGAGUUUAGCCCUAGGAGCCUUUUCUGGACUACCAAGUUUACAGAAGCUGGUGGCUGUGGAAACAAACCUCGCCUCUCUUGAGGACCUUCCCAUUGGACAUCUCGAAAGCUUGAAGGAGCUUAAUGUGGCUCACAAUCUUAUCCAUUCUUUCAAGUUGCCUGAGUAUUUUUCCAAUCUACUCAAUCUGGAGCGCUUGGACCUUUCCAAUAACCACAUUCAAAAUAUUUCUCAUAAAGACUUGCAGGUCCUACAUCGAGUGCCUUCACGCAACCUCUCUUUAGACUUGUCCCUAAACCCUAUAGACUUUAUUCAACCUGGUUCCUUUAAAGGAAUUAGGCUCCGUGAACUGACUUUGAGAAGUAAUUUUGAUAGCCUGAGUGUAAUGAAAACUUGUAUCCAAAAUCUGGCUGGUUUAGAGGUCCAUAGGUUGGUUUUGGGAGAAUUUAAAAAUGAAAGGUACAUAAAAGAUAUUGACCAAUCUGCCCUGGAGGGACUGUGCAAUUUGACCAUUGAAGAAUUUCGGUUAGCAUACUUAGAUGACAGCCUACAAGGUGCUGAAUUACUUCAUUGUUUAGAAAAUGUUUCUGCAAUUUCCCUGGUGAGUUUAGAUUUAUCUCAUCUAAAAAGCCUUUGUAAUAAUUUCAAAUGGAAAUCUCUAGAAUUAAUUGACUGUAAAUUUGAACAAUUUCCCAUAUUGGAGCUAUUUUCUCUCAAAAGGUUUAUUUUCACUGCCAAUAGAGGUGGGAACACAUUUAUAAAAGUCAAACUACCAGACCUUGAGUAUCUAGAUCUCAGUAAAAAUGGCUUGAGUUAUACAGGUUGCUGUUCUCACACUGAUUUGGGGACAACCAGACUGACGCAUUUAGAUAUGAGCUUCAAUGGUAUUAUUACCAUGACUUCAAACUUCCUGGGCUUAGAACAACUAAAACAUCUGGAUUUCCAGCAUUCCAGUUUGAAGCAGAUGAGUGAUUUCUCAGUGUUCCUACCACUCAGAAACCUCCUUUACCUUGACCUUUCUUAUACUCACACCCAAGUUGCCUUCCAUGGGAUCUUUGAUGGGUUGGUCAGUCUUCAAGUCUUAAAAAUGGCUGGCAAUUCUUUUCAAGACAACAUCCUUCCAGAUGUCUUCAAAGAAAUGACUAAUUUGACCUUCCUGGACCUCUCUGACUGUCAACUGGAACAGGUGUCCCAGAAAGCAUUUAAUACACUCUCCAGGCUUCAGUUACUAAACAUGAGCCACAACAAUCUAGUUUCAUUGGAUGUACUUCCUUAUAAGCCUCUCCAGUCCCUCCAGGUUCUGGACUUCAGCUUCAACCGCAUAGUGGCUCUCCGAAAGCAAGAACUACAGGAUUUUCCAAGGAGCCUAGCUUUCUUAAAUCUUACUCAGAAUGAGUUUGUUUGUGUUUGUGAACACCAGAGUUUCCUGCAGUGGGUCAAGGACCAGAGGCAGCUCUUGGUGAAAGCUGAGAAUAUGGUAUGUGCAAUGCCUUUAGAUAUGAAGGGCAUGUCUGUGCUGAGUUUUAGGAACACCACCUGUCAGAUGAACAAAACCGUAAUCAGUGUGUCAGUGGUCAUUGUCCUUAUGGUAUCCGUUGUAGUAGUUCUGGUCUAUAAGUUCUAUUUUCACCUGAUGCUGCUUGCUGGAUGCAAAAAAUAUGGUACAGGUGAAAGCACCUAUGAUGCCUUUGUUAUCUACUCAAGCCAGGAUGAGGACUGGGUGAGGAAUGAGCUAGUAAAGAAUUUAGAAGAAGGGGUGCCCCACUUUCAGCUCUGCCUUCACUACAGAGACUUUAUUCCCGGUGUGGCCAUUGCUGCCAACAUCAUCCAGGAGGGUUUCCACAAAAGCCGCAAGGUCAUUGUGGUGGUGUCCAAGCACUUUAUCCAGAGCCGCUGGUGCAUCUUUGAGUAUGAGAUUGCUCAGACCUGGCAGUUUCUGAGCAGCCGAGCUGGUAUCAUCUUCAUCGUCCUGCAGAAAGUGGAGAAGUCGCUGCUCCGGCAGCAGGUGGAUCUGUACUGCCUUCUCAACAGGAACACCUACCUGGAGUGGGAGGACAAUGCCCUGGGGAGGCACAUCUUCUGGAGACGACUCAGAAAAGCCCUGCUGGAUGGUAAACCAUGGAGUCCUGAAGCGGCAGCAGGUGAAGAGUGCAACUAGCAGGAAGCAACAACUUCUUUUUUUUUUGAGACAGAGCCUCAAGCUGUCCUCUUGGGCA